AUGCGUGAUCGUUGCUUCGCGCUCACCCGCUCACUCACCCCAUCGGCCGCUCGGCCAUCGGCCAUCGACCGCCCAUCAUCGACCAUCGACCAUCGGCCAUCGACCGCCCGCCGCUCAUCGACCGCUCGCCUGUUCACUCACGCUCGCCCGCUCGACCAUCGCUCCGCCCGCUCCGCGCCCGCCCGCUCAUCGCUCCUCGCCCCACUCGACCAUCGCCGCCCGCCGCUCAUCAUCCUUGCUGGUUCGGCUGCGUCCAGCAUUCGCCCACUCCAUCGCAUCAUCAGGUCGGUCAUUCCCAGAUCAUCGUUUUCCGCUACAUCGCAUCAGUCGCCUCUCCUCGUCCCGUCUUCAUCAUUCGUCGCCCUCUUUCGGCCUUCGCAUCCCUCGCCCUGUCGCCCACCUCCUCACUUGCAUCAUCACCUAAAAUCGUGGCUUUCUCCCCAAAUCGCCCUGAAGUGCCUAAAGAUGAUUUUCGGCGUUUGUCGGCUGUUCGCUUUCUUAUUAGCCCUCUGGUUAAACGUCGCUCCUGUACCUGCUGCGCAUCGCGGUCGUCCGCCUCGACGUCCUCGGGAUGCGCUCAUGAUCGCCUUCAAUCGCGCCGCGUCGUGCGCGGUCAUCCUCGGCCGCCGUCAGGACUCAUGCCGACGUCAGGUGCUAUCGUCAUCGAUCGUUGCUGCCCAUUAUUCCGAAGUACAUGGGUCUGAGUCUAAAAGACAGAGUGGUGAGAAGGAUCUUGCUGAGCGGCGCAUCUCUCUUGGUAACCUUGCUGGACAGCUUUCGGGUUUUGUCGGCGGUGGAGAGGAAGUCAAAAAUGCAAUUUUGAAGGGUUUGCACAGUAAUGUAAAUCAGCUUGAAAAGCUUUUAAAUGCAUCUUGCGGAGGAGAGGGGUGUUGUCGGACUGAUAAAAUUACGCUUAAUACAUAUAAUGAGAGUCUUAAAAAACAUCUUAAAGAUGAACAAAAAGCCUCUGAAAAACUUGUUGACAUCCUUUCUGAGUGCAAGUUAAAUGGUCUUGAUGGUCCCUUAAAACAGCUUAAUGUGGAAAUUACUCAAAAAAUUGAGGAGCUUGAAAAAGAAAUUGAAAGCCUUAAAAAGCUUGAUAAAGAUGCUGAAAAGGCUGGUCAAAAGCCUAAAAAUGCCUCUGAAGUUGACAAACUUAAUAAGGAUCUCCAGUCUCAUAAUGCCUCCAAGAAGUCUCUUGAUACACUGAAAGAGCUUUGUGGAUAUGCUGAUAAAAUUCAAAAAAAUGAUGUUGACCAAAAUUCUUCCACAGAUAUUCUUAAAAAUCUCACUGAAGGUUUGGAAAAGUUUUUAGGUUACAAUAAAGAUUCCAAAGGCUACUCGGGCGAUGGCAUCGUGUACUCGGACCUCGACAGGCUCUGCGACGGGGUGAUGGCGUUCUUGCAUGGAGUUUUAAAUGAAGUUCAUACAAAUGAUAAUCUUCAAAAAUAUAAUACUCCUUUAACUGUGCCACUUCAAAAAAUUACUGAAGCUCUCUAUAAUAGAAAAAAUUUUGAUAGUAGUAUUCGCGUUGUGAGCGAUGGGAUUAAGCAGUGGGUGAGCGGGGUGGAUGGAAAGCAUAGAGAGGUGAUGAGGCCGUUGGAGAGUUUUAAAAGCGAUGUUCAAUAUCAUAUUAAUGCUUAUAUGGAAGACAAGACAAUUACUGACCAACUAAAAAAUUGGCUGAGCAUUUCAGGUCUUUACCUCCAAGAGGUACAGAAAUCCGAAAAGGCUUUAGAUCAAAUUGACGACAAUCUCAGAGGUAAGAUAGACUCUAAAAUAUCGUUUGUGAAACAGGUUGUGGAGAAUUUUGGCGCAGCGGUGAACGAUCGCAAUGUGCAACUUUUUGUUGAAGCGGUAAAUAACAAGCUGACAGAGCUCCCGAAAAGCGUUAACAUAGAAAUUGGGACAAAAAUACAGACGUUGCAAAAAGCACUGAAUGAACGUUUUGAUCAGAUAGGCCGCAAUAUUGUGAAACUGGCGCAGGCGAAAGCUGCGCAUAUUCAACAUAUUACAAGCGCCGUGAAAGCAGCCGAGAAGCUGGCGGAUGAUUUGCUGAGUGAGGACUCCGAGAAGGGUUUUAAGCAGGGUUACCAGCAGAAGAUCACAGAGCUUUUUACACAAAUAAAUGGUCAACUUGACAGAUUCACAAAUGAGAGUACCACCGACGGUCAAAAGUCGGCGCUGUUGAAGGAGUUUGAGACUGUUCAGAGUAAAGUGAGAGGCCUGGAAGCCGAUGUGCUGGCGGAUUUGGAUAGGUUGAGAGAUGAAGUUGAGCGCCUUGACGAUGAUGUGCACAGCCCUUCUACUGAGAAUGUUCUCGUAAAAGGUGCGCUUAAUAAGCUCGAGGAGGCGAAAAGAACGUUGGAUCAGAAUACUAUCCAGCCAAUCACGGAGGCAGCAACGCAGUUAAAACUUCAGUAUGAAAAUCUGUUUCGGACGAAAUUGGAAGGACUAGCGCAGAAGUUCCAACCUUUCAGAGAAGCCAUCUACGGUGAGAAUAGAGACUCCACCAAUCCAGACGAAAAUUCUCUCGCUAAGCUGAUCACAAAGUUAACGACUGCCAUUGGCAACACAGGCGACACCAAUGGUUAUGGUCUGGCAGGCGCCGUUAACGAUUUCGACGGUGUCGCUAAAGCACAGAUCAAGAAAGCGGCCGAGAGAGCAAUUAAGGAGGCGCUUGCAAAAUUCAAGGUGGAUGAGAGCGUUGAUGAACCCAAAAUAAAAGUAGCAGAAUUAAUGCAGCUCUUUGAGGCGUCCAGAAAGGAACUUAACGCUGCGGUUGAGAAAAUUCAGGUGGAACUUGAUGACCUUAAGAAGCUUCCCGAAGCCGUUAAACAACACGGAGAAAACGCCGGUGCGUACAUGGCCGAAUUGAAAGAGAGGAUUACGAAAAUAAAGGAGGCAAUCAAAGGCAUUUCACCAAAGGUGGACGCAGCCGGCACAGCCUUCGACUCUGCCAUUCAGACCCUCGAGACAUCUUUAGGAGCUGCACGCACUUCCGCAGGCGUGGCUCUCCCCGCUAUCCAGACUUACUUGCAGAGGCAGGUGAAUAACGCAUUCAAUGAAAUGGAGGAUGCCGUUCAAAAAAUGUUCGACGCGCAAAAGAAAGCCGAACUAAAAGCCAUGCAUAGGUCUGUUUCUGACCACAUUUCGAGUGUACAGAACGCAAUCAACGACAAUAGGGAUAUGGGCCUUAAAGGCCUGAUGGCUAAGCUUGAAAAUGUUACUCCCCUACUUCACGGUUCCAGCGAUCGGCUGCAUCUAUUCGCCAACGAAGUUAAGGUUUUCUAUGAAACAUUCUUCGACCAGUUAACUCAGCAAGAAGACCUCAUGGACUACUCCACAACCAUCCAACCAGUCACCUCCGCCCUCUCCUCCCUGCUCUCCGCAAUGCACGAGAAACAACACUUCCACCACUCCGUCUCCGACAAAAUCGACGCACUCAAACGCGAACUGCACAACUUCACUCCAACAAAAUUCGCCGACGCCUCUCCCCUGCUCAACGUCAUAAGGCGCGGCGUCACUCGCCUCCACGAGCAGCUACGCAAGCAGUACGUCAGCAGGUACUCGGGGAUGGAGUUUGAAGGGGAGUUGAGGGAUCGUAAAGAUAUCGCAACCUACGGAAAACCCGUCGAGCCGGUAUACUCCUUAAGCGAGUAUGGUGAGAAGUUAUCAAAGGUCUGUUUAACAAGUAUUAACAUUGUGUACCGCGAUUUAAGCAGACUUAACACUAUUGGUGAGGGAGAGGCAAAGGACAUGAUAACCAGUAAGCAUGUUAAGAAUACGCCACUUAGUGGAUUCUUUGAGAAAUGCGGUUUCGCCGUUUCCGAUUCCAAAACUGAGCAGAAUGGCGAGGUGAAGAAUGACUGCACCGGCAAAAGGAUUAAGGAGCUUCUCCACAAGAAUGACAAUCUGUUCAUAAGACUACCAUCAGAUGAUUGUGAUACGUACGGUGAUCGGAGUCCACUGUACAAACUUUACAGGUAUCUUCAUGAUUAUUGUAAAGUAUGUCACUUUCAAAUUCAUGCUUCACCUAAACAACCUUGUAAUGUAUAUCAUAUGCUGGCAUGGCUUACUGGUCUGCGGUUUAAUCCAGUGUAUGCUCGCCUUCAUGAGUAUGUUAAAGAAUUGUUCCCUAAACCUAAAGACCGAAAGGAAGAAGCAUACUCCAAUUUCCGUAACCACGAAUUAAGCCUUGACGCCACUACUACAUUCUCAGCUCGGGAUCUCACCGACGUGCUAAACAGUGUAUGUCACUACUCGCACAGUGUUCUUACCACCUUCCUGGGCCACGGCCAUGCUGAUGGCGUGUAUGCUUGUGAUCACUUGAAAAACACCCUUAAUCUGUUCUAUCCCAGUAGCCCCGGUACAUGUUUUGACAUGUUGGUAGAGCUUUUGCGUAGAUUGUUUUACCAACUGUAUUAUCUAUAUGUGCAGUGCUGCAAUGGUCCUGCGAAUGGCGGUUGGGCUAAUUGCUGGUACGGCCAUGGAGUAGGCGGAUCAGCGUGGCUGUGCAAUGAUAGGCAAUGCCCUAACCAAAUAGGUGACCAAGCGGGCAACCAAAGUACUAACCAAACACAUAGGCAAACGUGCAACCAAAAUUGUAACCAAAUUGUUAACUGCGGCCUGAAGUCACCGUUGCAGUCAUUUUUGGAAGAUGGACUGCAAGGGUUUUUGCCACAUGCCCUUACCAAUGUUGGUUGUGGAGUAAAGUGUUCCCUUGGCAAUCAUAGAGGCCAACCGUGCAAAACCCCUAUGGGAUUUACCGAUAUUGCGCAUAUAGCUUCCCGAUCGCAGAAGGGUGAGGAUCUCGAAGGGGUUCUCAAAAAAUUUUGCGGCGAUAAAAAUUCUCCUCUGACCACUCUAUGCUCAUAUAUCACAUGUCUAGCGCAGCGGCCUCCCCAAACGCUGGGCGAUAUUUUCGCGUUUUACUAUGGGUUCCUGACGGAUUGGCGUCGCGGUUUCUAUGGAUCCGAUGCUUUGAUCAAACACAAACACAGUGCAUUCUACGAGGCGCUAAGCAACGAGUAUUUCAAACAUCCCUACACAGAGUUGGAUCCGAUUGCCAUAUUUAAUAACAGCAACCACACUGACCGUAAAAGCUCACAUCCUGCUGGUGAUCUUUUCAGCAUAUCAACAUGUCAUUCCGGCUGCGAGAAAACAUGUGGACUCUACGUCCAACCACUGACAUGUAACACAUACAGCAUUUACUCAUCCACAUAUAAGCGCAACUACUUAUCGUGGUUUGUCUACUUGACAGAAACGUUUUAUGAUUUACUCAAAAAGUUAUAUGACGAAUGUAACAAUAGAUGCGGGCAGAAAGGUUCAAAAUGCCAUGGCAACAAUUGUGUAAAAAGUUGUCCGACAGCCAUCCCAUCUGACAAAUCCAGCAGCCACCAACCAGGAUGUGGUUCCGUUGUCAAGUGCCCGGAUACACUUCCGACGCUGUAUAAAUAUGGCUUCACAUUCACAGACCCGUCCAGCCUAAAUGGCAGGAGCAAGGAUAAAAAUCUGAAACGCACAUGCAAAGAUUUCUGCAAAGCGUUAGAGAAAGUUGAUGCCAGGGGGAAAGCCUUAGGGGACAUUGAGUCCCGCCGUAUCUCUCUUGGUAAGCUUGCUGGACAGCUUUCGGGUUUUGUCGGCGGUGGAGAGGAAGUUAAAAAGGCUAUUAAAAAUGGUUUGCAGAGUAAUGUAAAUCAGCUUGAAAAGCUUUUAAAAACGUCUUGCGGAGAUAAGGGGUGUAAUUGUGAUGUUAAGAAUUUCCGUGAUAAUCAUCUUAAAAAACUUCAAAAUACAUUCAAUGACAUUGAUGAAAUUGCAACAAGAAUUAAUAGCCUUAAAAAAGAUGUUGCUGAAAAAAGUGAGGCGUCCUUAAGGACGCCGUCCGUCAGUGAUACUGAGAUUGAGAAGCUUCAACAGGAAAAUGAAGAGCUUAAAACACAAAUUUUCUCACAAAUUCCUGAGCUUCAAAAGGAAAUUACAACUGUAAUUGACGCUGUUCAAAGUAAAAUUACUGAACUUGACUCUAAGAAAAAUUCAGUUGAUAGCCUUCAACGUCAAGUGAAUGAGCUUAAAAAGAAAAUUGAGGAGGGAAAAAAGACUGGUAAAAUGCAACAAAAUGUCACUGAAAAACAGCUUAAAGAAGCUGAAGAAAGGCUUCAAAAAGCAAAAAAUAAUUUCCCUGAAAAAGAGUCUAAAUCUCUUGAAUCUCAUCAGAAGUCUAUGGAGUCUCUCAAAAGUCUACAAGGGCUUUGUCAACAUUGUAAUGAUAUUAAUCAACCACAAAAUAAAGAUGGAAAAUGUAAAGAUAUUUUAGAGAGUCUUUGUGGAGGCCUCGAAAAAUUUCUCGGCUACGAUAAUGGUAAUUACACCGGAGAGGGCAUCGUGUACUCGGACCUUGACAGGCUCUGCGACGGGGUGAUGGCGUUUUUGCAUUCCGUGCUUAAGGAUGUCCACGAUAAACAGCCUUACAAAGUAGGCAUGGAGAACCUUAAAAGGCUUGUUGAUGAGCAAAUUAAGCCUAAAUUGUGUCAUGGUCAUGAGGGUUUUAAGAGUGUCAUUGACUUGGUGGCGCAGGGUGUCCGGGGGUAUAAUGAGGGUGUCAAGGCGUCGAACAAAAAAGCCAAGAGAAGGAUUGAAAGAUUGUUAGAGAAGGUAGGUGAUAGCUUUAAAAAGCAAGUGAGUGCUAUACAUGACCAUUUAGAUCCGCGUUUUCCAACAGAAGCUGAAAAGGCCGAGGAGUCGGUUAAGAGUAGGCUGGAAGAGUGUCUUGAUUACGCCAAAAGAUUCAACGAAGCUUUAGACACUGGAACAGAUGAAAAGCAAAUAAAAGAAGCAAUAGAUGACCUGAAUCCUAACUUACGUGAUAAAGUAAAGAAAGCUAUGAGCUUUGUCAAAGAUGAAACUGAACGAUUUCAGAAGUUGUCGGAGAAGGAAAAUAGAGACUUCGAGGCGAUGAAAAAAAUCAUUCAGAGUGUGCUCACUGACCAUGGAAAAAAAGUUAAUGAGCAUGUUUGCAGGGAAGUGACUGCGCUAGUCACGAAGUUGAGGGUAUUGGUUCGGAAGAUUUUGGAUGAGAUGAAGAGCGUUGAAAAGAAUUUGUUCAACUAUCUGCAGAAUCUGACUACAUGGAUUCGGCAGGCAGAUACAGCCGUGAAUGUGGCGUUAGAUAAGAUUGAAAAAAUUAUUAAUGAGGUUAGUGAGGACUCUGCAUUCAGCAAUGUUAAGCCGAUUAAGCAGGCAGCCCAGGAACUUCACAACCAGGUGUACGAGCUUUUCAACGCUGGUAACAAAGCGAAUGAAGCCGCUGAUAAGCAGGUGAAAGCAGCGCUUGACAAGGUUCUUAAGUUGGACAGGGCGGUGAGGACCGGGUUGAAGACUACUAAGGAUUUGAUUAAGGGGCAGAUGAAGAAGUACGUUAAGGAUCAGUUGCUAAAAGAUGUUAAAGGGAGGGUGGAGAAGAUUCUGAACGGUACGCCGCCAAGUGAACAAAAAGGUUUGAAGGGGAUUGAGAGUGCGGUGAGGGAGUAUGCGGGAAAGUUUUCUACAAAAGAGACCUUUGGAGAUAAAGUAUUGAAGCUGUGGAUUGGGGAUAUAUUGACCACGAAUAAUACGGUGAAAUCUAGACUUGGGUGGUAUAUUGAUGAUAACAAUGGUACUAGGGGUCUAUCGAAUCGGAGGAACCUUUUCAAAAAUAUUGACUGCAAGGCAGAUGACUUCCAUGAGCCGAUUAAGGAGCAGAUUAAGUUAAAACUUAUUGAAGCUAACGUAUAUGCUACAGGUGGGCUGAUAUUUGUUGACAGCAGUACGGGACAACCCGCUGAGCAUUUGAAAAAUGUUCAAAGCUUUUGCAACGCAUUUGCCAAGCAGCUUGAUACGCAACUUCCUAGCAUUAAUGUUGCGAGCAUAUACACGAAUAUUGGAAAUAAUGCGGAAUUGUUUGGUGACAACACUAAUCAGCACGAUAAAAGCAACUUGGAAUCCGCCAUCAAUCUCAUCCUCAACCAACUCCCCGACAGGGCCAGAAAGGCCGCCACAGAGCUCGAAUGGCUCGCCGACAAAACAAAGGUCGGCACCUCCAAGGACUCCACCAUCGCGGCGGAGAUCGACGCGGCCAAGGGGGUGGCUGAGGGGCUGGCUGGUGAGCUUGGAAAGGCGACUGGAGACAAAACCUCCGGAGGAGGCAUAUACGAUGUUGAUCAGCAAAUCCUCGGCAUACUGGAGGAGCAGAUCGGGGAGGAUGCAACUGGCGCUGGAGUUAAUGGUGCCAUGGUAACGAAAGCUAAUAAAACUCAUUUCGUGGAUUACGACGAAUUACUUAAGCAAGAUAAAGUACCCACCCUUAAUAACGGUCAACUAACCGGCAAUCCAGACGAAGGCACAUUUCCCCAGGCGAUCAAGAAAAUUGAGACUGAGGUGAACGAGGCUUUGUCUGAAAUUGGCAAAUUCAACGGCGUAGCUCAGACGCAGUUUAACCUGGUUACCUCCAAUUUUCAACGACUCUGUGACGCUAUCAUGGGAGCGGCGAGAGAAGGUAAGGAUAGCGCUAAAAAUCAAUUGGAAGAGUUGAAAACUAAGUACUUUAAGCGUUAUGACGAUAAGAAAAAAGAUGCUCAAGAGAGCAUUAAGAAGAUUAAACAUGAACUUGACGCUUUGCUAGCGGGACCAGUAAAAAGGGCUGUCGAUUUGGGUGAGAAAUUCCUCAAACCAGAAGCUGACGAUUUACGUGACGAAACGACCGAAAAGCUCAAACAGCAAGUAGUCGAGGAAGUUGAAAACGCGAAAAAGCAACUCACCCACCACGCCCGCAAGAAUUACAUUUCCACCACUAAGUUGCAACUGGAUCAAUUCGCGGACAGGGUCACCAAGGAACUUGAUGGGCUUCCCGAGGCCAUUGACGACGACCUGAUUACGGGCUUCAAGGGAUUCAUGGGAAAGCUUGCCGGUGAGAAUACGAGCAAAAAAACGUCCACUGUAAACAUUGAGAGACUUAGCAGUCUUGUAACUGAACUAUCAGGACCAGAUAAAAAUAAGAAAGCAAAACUCUUCAAAAAGUUGUCCGAGAAAUUCAAGGAAUUCUACAAUCACACAAACGAAUACAUCCUCGGUGAAACCAAAAGGGAACACAAAGAAAACAUGAAGAACAGAAAUCCCCCAGUGGACGUCGGCGAUAAAGAUCCGAAGCCUUUCGUCGACAUGCUUACCAACGUUAAAGACAAAUUAGACACUUUACUUAAUCAUCUUAGUGCGCUUGACAAUGCGAGUAGAAAAUACAUUUUUGACACCACCUUCCAAGAACAUCUCUCCGCCCUCCACGCCCUGCUCACAACAGUCCGCCCAGAUUCGUACGCCACCGAAAGCAAUCCCCUGCUCGAUGUUCUUACAAAAGGCCUGACAGGGAUGCACGGGGAACUCAAAAAGGCGUACGUGUCGACGUAUGACAGUCAGCCGUGGCAGGCGUCACAUUCCGAAAAAUACGCGAAAAUAUGUUUUACACUUUUAUCACCCUUGUACAGUGAUUUACGUAAACUAAAAUCGUAUUGCAAAUCAGACGGGCAAUUUAAGAAAAUCAAUUCACAUCAUAAUAAUGUGUUCGGUGCAUUUUUCACGCGCUGUGGUUACGAUGUUUCCAACCACCAAAACGAGCAGAAUGGUGAACUGCGCAACACAAUUGAGUGCAAUGGUAAAUAUAUUGGUGAGGAGCUUCUCGUUAAGGAGCACAAUUCUUCUCCACCCACGGCAUCAUAUUACCUCAUUAGAGACACUGACGAUAAAACCAACGAAAAGGAGUACAGCGUCCUCAAACAGCUCUUUGACUGUCUCCACCGUUACCACCGUGUUUCCCAUCUCACACUUCCACAGUCACCAAAAACUCCGUCCAGCAUCUAUGACAUCCUGCGUUGGCUUUCAGGGCUCCCGCACAACGCUGUCUAUUCUAAGCUCAAAGACUACAUGAAGACACUGUUUCCUAAAACAGAGUCACAGAAAACUAUGCUCGAUUCUAAUAUUAAUCCCAGACAUCUAACACUCCCCUCCUAUCCAGAGGUAACGGCUGAAAAGCUGCACACUGAGUUAGAUAGAGUCUGCCGCCACGCAGAGAGAACACUUAUCACCAUACUCGGCACUGGGUACUCUAAUGGCAUCUACGCCUCAGACUUCUCGAACAACUCACACGGUUUCCUGUACUCCUCCAACACAAUAAGCUUGAUAUGCACCCUCUUCGAUUUCCUGAAACAUCUCUACCAGCAACUUCAUUUCUUGCUCGAACAGUGUAGACAUACAACUGCGUUGAGUGGUUGGUCCGACUGCCAUUACGGGAAAGGAGUUGCUGGCUACGGUUGGCAGUGCAACAGAAUGCGGUGCCCAAACCAACGGUGCGACCAAGCAUUUAACCAAGGAGCCAAGCAAAGUACUAACCAAAGUGGUGACCAAAGCACUAACCUAAGUGCUAACCAAACGUGUGACCAACACCCUACUUGUGGCCUCAAGUCACCACUCCAAUCUUUCCUUGAGGAUGGUCUUCAGGGCUUUUUGCCUCAUAGUGUAUCAGUUAAAGGCACCGGCCUCACGUGUUCCACAUGUUCUAUGUCACGUGGAAUACCAUGUAAGAUGCCAAUGGGUCUUCCCGAAAUAGCUGUUACCGCGUCUCACAUCAAGAUAGGCAAUGAUAUUGUUAGCGUGCUUGACAGGUUUUGUGGCAGAGAGACUUCUUGCCUCAGUGCACUCUGCAGUAUGCUGAACUGCCUCCUUCCCAGUGCACCUAAGACACUAGAUCAGAUGUUUGCGUUUUAUUAUCAUCUGCUCAGUGACCCGGCUAGGGACAGAGAACAUAGGACAGAUGCCUUUAACAAGGCCGUCAUCGCAGCCAAUUUCGACAAUUCGAGUACAACACUGGACGUUAGCAAAAUGUUCGGCAGCAGUAAUCACUCUGAGAAUCAUCUUAGAGGUGGCCUCAAUACCCUUGUUAAAUGUAUAGAUAACGGCGGUGGCCCAGUCCAUCCAUGCGGUUCAUACUUGAAGCCGCUUUGCGAUGGCAUAUACGGUGCGGUUUCUAAAGACCACGCUGCCAAAUAUCUCUCUUGGGUGCUAUAUAUAACAGGAACGUUUUAUGAUUUGCUUAAGUCGCUGUAUGAGGAGUGCUGCAGUAAUUGCACUAAGCCGGGAACCAAGUGCAAUGGUCGAGGAUGUCACAAGGAGUGCAUGGUUAAAGGAGGCUUCCUAUAUGCGAACACAACUCCCAGUCAUUGGUCAGAGUGCAAAUCAAUUGUCAAUUGCACAAAGACUCUUCCUACCAUAUGUAAGUAUGGAAUGUAUUUCGCAAGUAAAUCUCAUCUGAAUGGAGAGAGAGAUGGAGCUGGAAAACGUACAUGUGAAGACUUCUGCAGUACAUUAGGAAAAGCUGUAAAGGAAGGAAACGCAUUGCAUAUGUUGGUACAUAAAUUAAUACCAGAAUUCUUAUUCAAGAUCCGCGAACCCUUCAUAUGGACACUGUUAGCCCUCUGGUCGCUGUCGCUCCUGUACCUGCUGCACAUCGCCGUCGUCCGCCUCGACGUGCUGCGCAUACGCUCCCACCUGAGAUCGCCCUCAAGCCACCGCAUCGCCGCGCAGUCCCUCCUCGCCGUUGCAAAGGAUGCCAGGGGGAAAGCCUUGGAUGAUAUUGAUGCCCGUCGUAUUUCCCUUGGUCAGCUUGCUGGACAGCUUUCGGGGUUUAUUGGCAAAAGUGACGAAGUUGAAAAAGCAAUUUUAUAUGGUUUGCACAGCAAUGUAACUCAGCUUGAAAAGCUUUUAAAAACAUCUUGCGGAGGUGAGGGGUGUAAUUGUAAUAUUAUGAAUUUCCGUGAUGGAGAUCUUAAAACUCUUCAAGAGCAGUUUAAUGAAGUUGAUAAAAUUGCAACAGAAAUUAAUAGCCUUAAUAAGCAAAAAGAUGAAAAAAGUGAGGCGUCCGGAAGGACGCCGUCCGUCCGUGAUCCUGAGAUUGCUGAGCUUGAAAGGCUAAUUGAGCAAAUUGAAGAGAAGCUUAAUGCAAAAAAAGAGGAGCUUAAAAAGCAAAUUACACAGCUUCAAACUCAAUUAAAUGAUCCUAAAAAGCAAAUUGAGUCUACGAUUAACAGCCUUAAUGAGAAAAUUGCUGACAUCAAAAGGCAAAUUGAUGACAUUAAACAAGCGGAAAGGAAGAAAAAUAAUCAUGUUAAAGAUGCAGAUAUCUCAAUUCCCUACAGUCUUUCCAAUUCUCUUGAAACUGAGCAGGCUAAAGUGCAGUCUCAUAAGGCUUCGUUGGAGUCUCUUCAGACUCUACAAAGGCUUUGUGGAUAUUAUGACAAACUUGAAAACAAUAGAGGCAGUAAAGAAAAUCCUGCGAAAGAUAUUUUAGAUAAACUUACUGACGGUUUAGAAAAGUUCCUUGGUUACCAAGAAACUUCCAAAGGCUACGAUGGCUCCGGCAUCGUUUACUCCGACCUUGACAGGCUGUGCGACGGGGUGAUGGCGUUCUUGCACGGGGUGCUUAGCGGAGUGAAACAUGACGAGAGUGUGACAAAAUAUGAUAGAUUGCUUGGUAGUGAGAAUUUAGAUAAACUUCUUAAGGAAUUUGAAGCUUCCAUAGGUGAGGGGUCUGGCGCAUUGGGUCCGCAGGUUACUGCGGUGAGUGGGUGGUUGGAGAGGUAUGAAGGGGAGGUGAAAAAGAAAUGUGAAGCAGUGAGUAAUGCAUUAACUGCUAUACAAGAAAAUAUUACUCACAAGCAUAUCCCAGAAUUUAAUAAUUCUGAAGGUAAAAGUCUAAAGGAUCUCCACGAGAAAUUUGUCUUCUCCGUUGCUGAUGUGUUUGAGGGUUUGACUGCACUUAAGGCAAAUUCACAAGGUUAUGAGGCUCUGGAUAACGGCUUAAAAGGUAAAUUGGAUGUGCCAUUAGGGAAAAUUGGGGCGGCGGUGGAUGUUAUGAAAAAUUCGGCAGCGGAAACGGUGUUCGCAGGACAAGUCGAACAUAUGGAUAAGCAGCUGGAUAAGCAGAGGAAAAGCGUUGAGGAAGAAAUUGAAUUGCAGUCCAAGCAUCUGCAAAAAGCGUUGGCGGAUGAGUUUAAUAACAUAGUGAGCGGGGUUAAUAACCUCGAUAGGGAGAAGCGAAAGCACUUUGAUCGUAUACGAUGGACAUUGACGGCUACUAGGGACAAUCUACACAUAAUUGAUGGAAAAUAUUCGAGUACGCUGCAAGGCUCUCUGAACGAAAUAAGACAAAAAUUACUUUAUCUUAAUAACGAUGCGUCCGUUGGCGGCACAGGCACAGACUCCCAGCUUCACAAACUGGCGAACUCAGUCAAAAGCGGCAUUCAAGGCCUGAACGGAGAUCUGAAUAGUACCGCCAAUGCAAUCGGUGGCGCAAUUAGUUCGGCCGUGAGUAAUGUUAACAAUGCGCUCUUGGCUUUGGAUGGGAAAGUGAGGGAUGAUUUGGAUUCGUUGAAGGGGAAGAUUAAAAGCGAUAUUAAUUCGUAUGUUAGGGAGGGGAUGGCCACUUUAAUGCAAGGAAAGAUGGAUGAGCUUAGAAAGACCAUUUAUGAUCAGGAAAAAGAGAAGGGCCAUUUGUAUGAGAUUGAGAAGAAAGUGUCAGACUGGGCGAAGACUUUUGCUGAGGAUGAUGAGUUGGGGUUCAAAAAUACGGUAAGUGGGUGGAUUGACGCGAUUUUGGAGAAGGAUGGAGUGGUCAAUCACAGGCUUGAAGAAUAUGUUAAGGAUAACGAGAGACAUGGUCACUUUCAAACUGACAAAACGUACACCAGUGGAGAAUCAUUGCGUGAGCCCAUUCGAGAGGAGAUCAUGGACAAGCUUAGCAUAGACAUCGAGCUAUGCGGCAGUAUGUUUGCCAGUGUUAUGCAACCCCAAGCAAAUAUUCAGGAAAAUAUCGACGCGGUCACCGGUGGUAUGGAUAUAUUUGUGCAAGGGCUUCAACGCAAACUGAAGGGGGUGAAGAAAGAGGUUGAUCUAUUUGUCAAAGGAGUUGUUGAAGGGAUUGAGGGUAGGCUAGAGAAGGAUCAGUCGAAGAAAAAGCCGGCAGUAUAUCAUGGCCGCUACCUUGAAGCUGCCGUUGAAUCUGUGUUAGCGGCUCUCCUGUCCACCGCGAGGCAAGUGGCCGUAGAACUUGGAUCGUUCAACGGUGAUGAAGAUGACGUAGCAAAGCUCGGCGAGAAACUGCAGGAGGCCAUAACCGACGUCACAGGACUUGGAAAAAAACUCCAUGACGCGCUCAACAUUCCUGCCGGGCCAAGUGGGCCCAAGACUCUGGCCGACGAUGUUAUGCAGGGAGUUACUCAAAAACUAAACGACAGAAUUGGGCAAGAUCGGAAUGCUAUAGACCUUAGUAAAAAGGAACUCAUGGAAAAUUACCACAAGUGGGUAACUAAAACGGAAGACAGCGGUUCCCUCCGUUCAAGGAUAGGCGAAAUCACAACGAACCUGCAAACGUAUUUUAAAGAACCCGAGAUCAAUGGCAAGUCAACCUUCAGGCUAGAAAAUACUGGCCCAUUUCAGAAAUACGUCGAGAAACGGAAUCAAGCCGAACAGGCCAUCACCGAAGUGCUGAAGAAAAUCAAAGAGCUUGAAGGAGUGCUGCAGCUGGUAGACGAUAAAAGAAAAGAUGCGUUCAAUAAAAUGAAUGAUUUGAAAAAGGAGAUCGAAAUCCAUUUGGAAAACGUGGAAACGAACGUCCGAUUAGCUAACGAGGCACUUGACGAGGCCAUGAAAUCCCUACAGCAAACACUCAUCAAAGCCCGUGAAAGCUCCAAAAAAGCAGUCGACUCACUGCAGACCACACUGCUUGAAAAAGUCCAAGCAGCCUUCACCCAUGUAACAACAGAGGCCAGGGUAUUAUUCGCGGACCAAAAAAUUGCGCAGUUGGGUGCUCUAGGAAAAUUGGCCGAUGAGCAGCUGACAGAGGUGAAGUGGAUAAUUACAGAAGAUUCGAAAAGCGGAUUGAAAGGCUUACUAAAUAAGCUCAAGGAGAGAUAUGUUGGCAAAAUUGAGACAGCUAAAUUUGCUCCCAAGUCCAACUUUAAAGAUGCUACAGAAAAUGUCAAUAAAGCUUUCGGAUUCUUCUUCUACGGAUUGGAACACCAAGAGGAUUUUGCUUUCCACUUCGGGAAAGUGAAGCAUUCCUAUGAACUUUUAACAAUAUUACUCACUGACCUUCAUAAUACUCAGCAUUUUAGCCAUAAAUUUACUACUAAUCUAGAUGCAUUAAAUAAUGAACUUAACGAUCUUUCACCUAAGCGAUUUAACUACUCCCACAACCCGCUGCUCCUCGACGCCCUCAAGGCCGGCAUGUCCGCCUUCACCGAGCAACUCUCCCGCGCGUACGUGAAUAAAUAUUCCGGUCUAAAAUUGGGUGAGGUGUUUGAACCUAAGCAACAAGGCUCUGAACCCUAUGACAAGUUAACCCCCGAAGGCCGGAACUGCGCCAAGGUCUGCCUGACGAUAAUGGAGACGUUUAAGGGUCAUCUUGAUGGUUUGAAAGAUAAGUGUAACAAUAAAGGUUGGCAAAUGAAUUUAUCGAACGACCUGGGAAAAGUGCUUAAAUCGUUCGGCUUCGGGGUAUCCGAACAAGGAAAGCAGAACGGUGAGCUGCGGGACACAAGUGAAAUGGACGGAACGAAAAUUAAAUCCACACUGCUUGACAAAAAAAUUGAAGAUGCUUUUAAAAAUCCAAUUCUGACUACGUGGAAAAAGGAGAGCAUUGCAAAGAGCAUCAAAUUAAGUAACACGCAAGCUGAAGAAAUCCCUCUCAUCGACCUUGUUUACUGCAUCCGCGAACUUUUCCGAAUGUAUUAUGAAGUGUGUCACUUAGAACACAUUCCAUCAGCUAAAGCACCUGUAAACAUCUACCAGAUGAUGCAAUGGCUCUCUGGUCUGCGGUUUAAUCCGAUGUUCGGUCAAGUCAAUGGCCAGUUUAAUAAACUGCUUGAGGGCUUGAAGAAUGAGUAUAAACUGGAAAAGGCAGAAUUCCCUGUUGCCGUGCCAGACAAAAAGGAUGGCGCCAAGAAUGCAGCUCUCAAACAUGACGACAUGUCAUUCUCACUUGGACAAGUUUGUUUACGCUCGCAACUUACACUAACCGCCUUACUCGGUCACGGCCAUCCUGAUGGUCGGUACGCCUGUGAAUUCCGCACAAACUCAGAUAAAUUAUCGUAUCCAUCUGCUCCAUCACUGUGUUUCGACAUGCUUGUAGAUAUAUUGAAUAGAGUGCUUCAACAAACAUACUUCCUAUAUAGCCAGUGUCGCAACGACGCCAUUAGCAGCGGUUGGCGUGACUGCUGGUAUGGUCGGGGCAUCGGUGGGUCGGCUUGGAACUGCAACACAAUGCAAUGUCCCAACCAGGUCUCUGACCAAAGUGCUACCCAAAAUGCCAACCAAACAUGUACCCAAAAGUGCAACCAAAGUGUUAACUGCGGCCUGAAGUCACCGUUGCAGUCCUUCCUUGAGGACGGACUUCCAGGGUUCCUUCCUCAUUCAUUCAAAACACCGGGUUGUAAGCUUACAUGUACAGUGUCCAAUCAUAAUGGCAUUCCUUGCCUUACUCCAAUGGGUUUCACAGACAUAAGCACAGCGGCGUCACAUACACAGAACGGUGAGUAUCUCAGGAAGGUUCUUGUCGAUUUUUGCAGUCCAGAUUCUCACCUCAAUAAGUUAUGUAGUUAUUUGCAAUGUCUACUACGUCGACCGCCUCAGACGCUUGGCGAUAUGCUAGCGUUCUACUAUCAGUUCCUUAAGAACUGGAAUAAGGGGGAACAUAAAAAGACGGCAUUUGACAAUGCUGUUAUACAGGCGAAUUUCUGGAAUGAGAAUACAACGCUGAACGUUGUAUCUAUACAAGGCAGUAAGGUGCACUCCGACAAACAUUCCAAAGGAGACCUCUUUAGUCUCACAGAUUGUUAUCAUAAGACGCAGUCGGGCCUACCGUGUGGCAAAUAUCUGCAGCCCCUGUUCCUUGAUAUAUAUGAUAUUUAUUCGAAAUAUAAUGCCAGCCGAUAUCUUUCAUGGGUGGUGUACUGUACUGAGACAUUCCUUGGGUUGCUCUAUGAUUUGUAUGAAUCUUCCAAAAAAUGCGAAACGCCAGGCACCAGAUGCUGUAAUAAAAGCUGUGCUGAAACAUGCACGGUAAAAUACACUGACGAUUCCGGAAAAUCUAACAUUCCAUCACAUAAUGAGAAGCACAAUAGCAACUGCGAUUCCAUUGUUAAAUGUCAGAACAUGCAUCCAACUCUAUACAAAUAUGGAUUCACCUUUGGUAGUCCAAAUAAACUAAGCGGAAAAGAUACAGAACCGAAGUUGAAAAGAACGUGCAAAGAUUUCUGUGAAGCACUGAAAAAAGUUAUCGGCACAGAGUGUGUUCUUGUGAAACUCAUUGAAGACAUCGAUGAAUUCAUCUGGAAGAUAAGAGAGAAUUUCUCCAUCACUCUGUUAGCCCUCUGGUCGCUGUCGCUCCUGUACCUGCUGCACAUCGCCGUCGUCCGCCUCGACGUCCUGAGGAUACGCUCCCACUUAAAAUCACCCGCAAGCCACCGCAUCGCCGCGCAGUCCCUCCUCGCCGCCGCACGCGUCAAGGCACUCGCCAACGUCAAGUACUUCUCACCUUAA